GCGGGCCGGUCUCCCGGAGGGCGGCGGAGGCCGCGGCGGUUCUACCGCGCGGCGCGCGCUGCCGCCGGGCCCGGCCGUCCUUCCUUCCUUCCCUCCUCCUCCCUCAUCAUGGACGAGCAGAGAGAGACUCUGCAAAGGAUUGUCUCUACUCUAGCGAACAAAAAUGAUGAAAUUCACAACUUCAUUGACAUGCUGAACCACACAAUAAAAAAUGUUCAGGUAAACUCUUCUAACGCAAUCAGUGAGUUGGAUGAAGAAUUUGAUGGUCUGUAUUCUAUAUUGGAUGAGAUGAAGGGGAGUAUGGCCAAUACUAUUCAGCAAGAAGAGGCUCGUAAAGUUCAAGCUCUGCAGGAUCAGCUUAGCCAGUGUAGUAAUGCCCUAGAGAGUUCUGAAGAGCUGCUGGAACUUGCUGCGCAGUCGCUGGACAUAAAGGACCCUGCGGAAUUCUUAAAGGCUGCCAGACAGAUCAAAGAUAGAGUCACAAUGGCUUCAGCGUUCCGCAUCUCUCUGAAACCAAAGGUCAGUGAUAGUAUGACUCAUUUGAUGGUGGACUUCGCUCUAGAAAGGCGCAUGCUCCAGGCUGUGAAGUUUUUGCCAGUGCCAGCAAAAGCUCCCAGUUCAGCCAGGCAGGUGUUCUUCCCUGCUGGUUGUUCUGGUGGGACAUGGGGACAGCCUGCUCCUGCACCUGCAAACUUCCUUCUUCAAGAAAGCCCAGCCUUCCUGGACUCCUUUGCCCUUCAGGACAUCCUCCCAAGGGACUCUCCCAACCAGUGCCCUGAACAGGCCAAACUCUGCCCUCCGGAAGUCCAUGUCCCUAAAGCUCCAGAGAUAGAUCUAGCAGCAUGUCUGGUUGCUGAUAACUGCAUAACAGUAUCGUGGACAAUGCCUGAAGAAGACAGCAGAAUUGAUCAUUUUGUACUGGAGUAUAGGAAAACCAACUUUGAUGGGCUUCCUCGAGUAAAAGAUGAACAGCGUUGGGAACUGAUAGACUAUAUUAAAGCUACUGAAUAUACAUUAUCAGGUCUGAAAUUUGAUACAAAAUACAUGAACCUUAGAGUACAAGCUUGCAACAAAGCUGUGGCAGGGGAAUACUCUGAUCCCGUGACUCUGGAAACCAAAGCGUUUGUGUUCAGUUUGGACAGUACUUCAUCUCAUCUGAACUUGAAAGUUGAAGAUACCUAUGUUGAAUGGGAUCCUACUGGAGGCAAAGGCCAAGAAAAAACAAAAGGGAAGGAAAAUAAAAGCAGUGGCCACAAUCCUCUGCUGAAGAGCAAUAGAAGAAGUGGUGCACCGUCUCCAAAGAGGACAUCUAUUAGCACAAGAUCCUUGGCAAGGGGCAGCAGAGAUCGUUUUACCGGUGAAUCAUACACAGUGUUGGGAGACACUGCUGUUGAAAGUGGACAGCACUACUGGGAGGUGAGAGCCCAGAAGGACUGCAAAUCCUACAGCGUGGGAGUAACAUACAGAAACCUGGGGAAAUUUGACCAGCUGGGAAAGACAAAUUCAAGCUGGUGCAUCCAUAUCAACAACUGGCUGCAAACCACUUUUUCAGCAAAACAUAAUAAUAAAACCAAGACUUUAGAUAUGCCCGUUCCUGACAGAAUAGGGGUAUACUGCGACUUUGAUGGAGGUCAGCUUGCAUUUUAUAAUGCAAACUCAAAGGAACUGUUACACACCUUCAGAACAAAGUUUGCCCAACCAUUAUUACCAGGCUUCACGAUCUGGUGUGGUGGGCUUACAGUGAGUACUGGAUUGCAGGUGCCAACUGCUGUGAAAACGCUCCAGAAAAGUGAAAAUGGAUUAAGUGGUUCAACAAGCAGCCUAAACAAUAUUGCCUAGUAAUGUCUAUUAAACACUUCUAUUGCUGAAUGGUUUUUUUUUUCUGUGUAGCUGCCCCUCACAGAAGCUUAUGAGCAUUGGAUUAAGCUGGUUUUGCUACCUACUGCUGUUUAAGGCCUAGGUACUGAUAGUGCAAAAGUCUGGGGCUGAAGUGUUAGGAACCUACUGUGAAUCCAGACAGAAAUGUCAGACAGAAAAUUGAACUGUUGCCUAUUUUAAAAAUCGGUGGAGAAAUCAAGAGCUGUAACUAUGUACUUUUCUAAUACUGUAUUUAAGCAUUUUGCUAUGGGCUUGAAUAUUAAUUUUAUUAAUAUUAUUUUUCUAUGAAGAAUAUAACAAGUACUGUUUUCUUAGCUCUCCUGACAUGAAUUGUUUGACUAUAUAUAAUUAUUACUGGGCUUCCCAUUAGAACUUGUGAUAUCAACUUACAUUUCAAAAGAAUAUUGAUUUGCUAGCCUAGUCUGGCAAAAUACCACAGCAGUAUGAUUUCAAAAGAAGAUUAUAAGAAGUUGUAGGCCUGAUAGAAAGAAACAGUAAGAGCAGUCUGUGAUUUUUUUUUUCUGAUACAAAAUCCUCCUGUUUCCCAUGAGUAACUCAUUUAAAUAUCAUAUAUUUAGAGUUUGGCUCCCAUUUAUAAUGAAUUACAGAAAAUGUACAAAUGUAGAGGUAUUUAAAAAGCAUUCUUAUGUCCUCAGUGAAGAUGCAUUACGAGAGUAAGCCAUUGAGCUAGGAAGUAUUUAAGGUAAGAGGUUCAGAACCAAAAAUCCAGAGCAUUUUUUUAAGAACUACUGCAUGGUACUGCUCUCUCAGAAGCUCCUAAUUUUGGGUCAUCUCUUGGUUUUCCAGUCUUGUGGCAUUAUUCUAAUUGGAUUCUGAUAAUCAGCAAUUCACAUUUUCAUCACAUGCGAAUGACAAAUUGAAUCUUUGCUUGCUGGUAGCAAAGCUGCAAUGCAGCUGAGGCUGGGAGCAAGGAUGUUAGAGCCUCAGUUUAAAUGCAUCUCCCCAUAGAAGAAGCGGGGGCAGGCAGCUAUUGCUAAAACAUCUCUCAGUCCACCUCAAGGCUGGCUAAGGCUUCUCAAACAGCUGUGUCAGUAUCAAAGCUGGCUUUGAGCAGAAGCGGCAGUAAAUUCCCGGUGAUAGGGCAGCGCCCUCUGAGCCCAGGUACACAUUUUUGCUACCUGCUUUGACCAGCCUAGUGAGGAUUCCUGGAACUUUCUGGAUAACUAGAGAAGUCCAAAAAUGGCAUGAUUUCUUCAUCCAGUAGAAAUGUAGCUUAUACAUACAGCGUCCCAUUCGUGCUAGCUUCUGCCAUAUGCUGUGUAUAUGUGGUUGUGAGAGUGGCUUUCAGAGGGUUGUAUUCUAAAGGAUCUCGUUAUAGCCUCCAAUUUAAUGCCUUCCCCUUUUCUAAGGGCAAGAAAAAAGUGGAGAGUGAGUAAGUGCUUUGUCAGCUAACAUACGAUCUGCUGCUGGAUCUGUGGUUAUACAUUUUCAUUCACAAGUCAAGUGGAAUGUUGAGCCUGGGUGUUCCAUCAUCUCAACUCCCAGUUGGAAGCUUAGUAACGAUAGUUGAAUGAUUCAUAGCAGCGGGAGAGCUAAAAAAAAAUCAUGUUAUAUUCUUCGUGGAAAAUCCCAACUUUUCAAUGAGAAUUACUUGUGUAUUGUAGACUGUUUAAAUCUGCUUUCUUCCCUCUAAUCAAGUCCAGGAGCCUGGAGAUAACUUUCAGAUACAUGCUUGAAUCUACUGUUUACUAACUGAAGAUUUUCCCUAAUAUCACCUGAAAACUGUUUCAAAUUCACGCUGAUAGGGUGCAUAACGAAUUGGCUUCUUUCCUGCAGGGCCAAAGUACUUUUUCUUCUAUGUAUCUUUUAGUCUGUAAAGACCAUCUAAUCAUGUUAAAACUUCUUAGUAUCAAUUGGUCCUUUGUGUCCAUCAAGAUUUCUCAAGAGGAGGAGAAAUUCCUUGAAAGAACCUGUAAAAAACUGGUUGUGAUGUUCAGGAGAAAACUUAAAUUUUCUUCUUCAUUUUAAUACCUGCUCUAGAAAGUUUUCUCUUGAGAAAUCAUGAAGUUGACAGGACGGUUGAGCUCUUAAUGUUCAUUUCAUAUCUGGAACUUGAGCAUCUCUAAAUAUUUGCAUUGUGAUAAAAGUUAUCUGUAACCACUUUUGUAGAGGAAAGUGUAAAACAAUUCCCAGUUUAACUGCACCUUCCUCUGCCAGUUUAGUGGCUUGGGGCUUGAAACAAAGAUACCGAAAGGUGACAUGGUUCUUAAAUGAACAAGUGUCUGAAUCUGCUUCACACAUUAUCUACAGUUGUUGUUGUCCAAAUAGUCUGUGUAGUAAUCUUAAAUAUUUCUUACUCUUCCCUUUUUACUGCUAUGAACACCUGACUGGGAGUUCUAGGGGCUCAGCUGUUAUGAACUCAGUGGCACGUGAGGGAGUGAGACUUGCAUACUUGGACCCUGGUAGUGUUGAGAAAGAGGAGGGCUAAGCUGGAUGCUUCUUGUUUUGAGAUUUUCAAGUGACUGGGGUAAACAGGCAUUUAAAUGGGCUAGGACCUGUUCAUGCUGCCCAGUCAUCAGCUUGAUCUGGGGUGUUCAGCUACAGUUUCUGUUUAAAUUUCCCUUUUUGGAAAGAAAGGGAAUGUUUACAAUAACUUAAUGUGUAGGGAGAAAGAACCAUUAGUAAUCUCCAACCCUACCUAAAAGCAUUUACAUUACAAUGUUUUCUUAGCAAGAUGUAGUGCAACCUGCAAGGUAAAUUUGAUAUGCACGAUGUAAAAAUGUCAUUUUUCUUUAACACUUCAUUAGAAGAGAGCUUGAGGUAUUUCAUACUGUGAGUUGUGACUUGCAAGUUUGAGGUUAACUGAUGUCCUAGAUGAACUUAAUGUGUGACUUUUUACCCUUAAAGGAUGCAUUUGUUAUAUAAUAGUUUGCACAGAUGUAAAAUUUUUGCUGCUAACAGCUAGUCCAAUUGUUUGUAGUAAAUGGGGAUAUGAAGAAUUGCCUUAAGCACUUUAGAAUUUUUUUAGACUCUUCUUUUUUUUUUAAGCUAGCAUCUGUCCGGUACCAAUUAUUGGUGAUACUUUGUUGCGGUUGGUGCACUGUUUGUACCUGCAGCUAGAGAGGGAUGCAUGCAACCUAUGAAGUUACUUUUUCCUAGGGGAAUCUACUUCAGGGAUUGGAGCGGUUGUUCUUCGGCAGUGUAUCACGGAUUUUGCAGGUCUGUAGUUUUGCCCUGUAAUUAACACUGAGCAUAAUAUGCCUGGUGAUUUUAAUAGUCCCUGAGCAUCUCUGCUCUGGAGUUGAUGCCAUUUGGUGGCUAGGCAGGAGUUUUCUUCUGUAUGACCAAAACAAGAUUUUAGAUUUUUUUUUCCAAAAAUAGUGAUUACUGGUAGUCUUUCAGAGUUAAAAUAACUUCAGGAUUACUUGUGAGGAACUGAAGGCUUCCCUUGAGAUCUUAAUGCAUCAGGCACCUGUAGCUUUCAUUGUUUCUAUGGGAAGCUGUGUGAACUGCAGCAACGGAUGUUAAUUUCAGAAAGGACAGUCUGAAAGCAUCCAGGGCGCUAGGUGCUUCUCCGAAAACCAAAUAUGGAUGGCAGAGGGGUGACAGGUUUAUUUCUCUAGCCAUCCUCUAAGCAGAAAGUUGAGAGGCUGCUGUACAAACCCUGUUUCCUCCCCCCUUGUGCUCUCCCACGUCACUGCCGCGUCAUAUUAAGACUGGAGAAACGAACUGGUUCUCUCGGGAAGGAUAUCCGACUUAAAUACCGUUAGCCUGGUAAGGAUCGCAGGUCGUGGACGUGACGCUCAGUUUGGUGGGCGACGGCAGCGACUUCUGUGGGUCAUCGCCGCCCCCGGCCUGGCUUGAGCCCGGAUAGUCCGACCGACCGACCGACCGACCGACCGUCCGACCGACCGACCGCCGCCUGGGAGGGGAGGCCGGGCGCGGCGCUCCCCCACCGCGGGGCGCGGGGGAGCCCCCGGUGUCCCCGCUGCGGUGCUUGGGGCGCCUCUCGGCCGGCCCUGCCUUUCCCUGCCUUUCCUUUGUGUGCGAUGGCAGCUUUUUGUAUUAAUACAGAAAUUUGAAAUCUGA